AUGGCACGAAAGAAAAGAGCAGUUCGUAGAGCAUCCUAUAGUGGCCACUAUCAUUCUGAUCACACACACUCUUCUCCCUCACAAUCACCUACUCAUUCUUCACCUCCAUCACCACCAAACCCUUCUCCUGAUAUGGCCCGCACUAAGACCACUGCUCGCCGCCCUGGCGUUGCUCCUCGCCCUUCUCCUCCUCCACCGCCUAAUACCUCUCAGCCUAGUUCAUCAAAACCCAAUUCUUCCAGAGGAAAGAGGCCUCUUCACGAAGACGAAGAGAAUCCCCCCACUCAAACUCGCCAUACUCGCGAUACAAUCAUUGACUUUCAUCGUCGUCCUGUUGGUGAACCUAGACUCUCCAAUCUAUUUCUUACAAGUUCUUUUAUGCUGAUUUUCCUGAUGAGUCUUAUGAUCAUCGCCGUUUUCAAUCCCUCAUGA